CCGGCCCGUCCGGCGCGGCAGCUGCCAGAUUCUGUACAGUACAUCGCGGCGGCGCUCUAACUUUGUUUUUCCUACUCCCCCUGCCCACCAAGUCGCUGUCAGAUAUUCGAUCUCGACGAUGGCCCCAAAAAUCGACCCCAACGAAAUCAAAAUCAUUUACCUGCGGGCAACGGGUGGUGAAGUCGGUGCUUCUUCGGCCCUCGCCCCAAAAAUCGGCCCUUUGGGUUUGUCGCCCAAGAAGGUCGGAGAGGAUAUUGCGAAGGCAACAUCUGCAUGGAAGGGUCUACGGGUGACAGUUCAGCUCACGAUUCAGAAUCGGCAGGCCGCUGUCGCUGUUGUUCCCUCAGCAUCUUCCCUUGUUAUCAAGGCUCUUAAAGAACCACCUCGUGACCGGAAGAAGGAGAAGAAUAUCAAACACUCUGGUAAUGUGGCGUUGGACGAGAUAUUCGACAUUGCACGGACAAUGAGAUCCAAGUCGCUGGCGAAGGACUUGGCUGGCUGUGUGAAGGAGAUCCUGGGCACUGCUCAAAGCAUUGGGUGCACAGUCGACGGCAAGCCCCCCCACGAUGUCAUCGACGGCAUCAACUCAGGAGAGGUUGAGGUGCCGGACGAGUAAAUUUUUGUGUAUUUCUCUUAUGACACCAUGCACGCUUUUAUUCCCCACUGGCACCACUUCGCCUGCGGUCUCCGACGAAUCUUUGCAAUUCUGCUACCAUUAUCAGACGACACGACGUGAACAGGUCUCCGUGAAGUUGGUCUGCCGUCUUAGCAUGAGUCGGCCAUUUUUUUUUACAACUUGUCCGGUCUGGAGUGCACGAACUAUAGAUGCCAGCGUGUAGGGUUUGGUUCUCCCUAAAUCCGAUGAACGCGAUAUGACGUGGAAGCGUGAUCAGAUGGACCCGUCAUGAUAACCUCGGAGAGU